CCCAAGGAGACAGGAAUUCGGCCGAGAUAAUAAUAAUAAUAGUAAUCGUGCAGGAUUGUGGCGAAGUUGAUCAGCGGGCUGCUGUUGUCAGUCGCCGCACUGGCUCACACAGCGGGGUCUCCUCUGUAUCUCUGCUGGAUCUGGACUCUUGGACGCUUUAGGAAACCUGCCCCCCCCGCCCCCCCCUUUCUUUCUCCGACUGUUUGAGCUGCUCAGCGUUGUUUUAACUGGUGAGGAAGUGGAUAGUACACGUGUGGGUCCCCGCUUAAAGAACGCUCGCCGUUUGGCAGUACAAUGAAGACCAGAAGAGUAGCGAAUGACCUCCUCUGAGGCAGAGACCUUCAGACAUGCCACUCCACCGACACAAUGACAUGAAACUGAGUGAAACUUUCACAUUAUUUUGACAAAGAGAUUGUUUAAAUCUCAGUUAUUAUAUGCCGACCUUUUCGACCCUGAGAAAGCAAAUGACAAGUAGCUGUUUGUGAUUUGAGUCACCGAGGAUGGCUAUAUUGCGUGGCAUCCAGUGACUAGACUUCAGCUGCUAUAUUAGUAGCCUGAUCGAAUGAUUGAAGGCAGAUAGUGUUUUCAACUUGCCAACAAGGACGCAUCAGACAUCUCUAGAUGUACAGCUGCAGAUAGCAGUAGUUAUAGAUACUUUUUGAGCUUAUGAGAGGCCACCUAGACAGGGUAGUUUAAUUCAUACCAUGAAUCCCAGAGACAGUGUGGACGUAAUGGAGACUCAGGCAGGAGGUCAGAAGGAGAAGUUGAGCGUAGACAAAGCCAACCCUAAAAAUGAGAUGGAGGCCGAGGACGACAAAACUCCUGGGAGUUACGACUGCAACAUCUGUGGACGCAGCUUUCCUUUCCUUAGCUCUUUGUCGCAGCAUAUGAGACGCCACACGGGUGCACGCCCUUACAAAUGCCCCUACUGUGACCACAGAGCCUCGCAGAAGGGCAACCUCAAAGUCCACAUUCGCAGUCACAAGCUGGGCACGCUGUCUAGUCACCACUCCAAUGAGGAUGAAGAGGGUGCUGCUGAGGAGGAGGAGAUGAGGGUUUCAGAGGGUCUCGAUGGAGGCACCAGCCCAACCAAGAGCAGCUCUGCCUGUAACCGGAUGAUAAAUGGGGAUGGCGGUGAGGAAACCCGUAGGAAAGUCCCUGUGAGGAGCAUGAAAAGGGAAAAGUCCGUCACUGAGCAGCGGCCUUACUGUUGCCGUUUGUGCGGCUACGAGGCCCAGCGGGAAGACCAGCUCCUCAGCCACAUUGAGAAGGUCCACAUAACAGCAGACACAGAAGAGGAGACCGCUGUCAAGGAGGAGGCUGCGACCGAAGCUGACAUCAUCCAGCCCCAGAGUGACGGGACCUUCCCUUGUGAGACUUGUGGUCAGGUCUUCUCCCAAUCCUGGUUCUUGAAGUCACAUAUGAAGAAACACGCGGGGAUCCUGGAUCACUGCUGUCGCAUCUGUGGGAGACGUUUCCGCGAAGCGUGGUUUCUCAAAUCUCACAUGAAAACACACAACACCAAAUCUAGGUCACGGUCAAAAGCAGAGUCAACUGAGCAUCCAGCCACCAUCAAUGAUGUAGCCCAGGAUCCUGAUAUUGUUACUGGCUCCAUUACUUCUGUCUACCAAAUGUGCUCCAAAUGUGGAAACCUGUUUCACAACAGAGAGAGCCUAAGAGCCCAUGAUAAAGUUCACAGUCUCGGCUAUAGCAGGAAGUCCCCAAGCCAAGGGAGGCCCAAUGAUGAUGAGGACUCCCCAGCUGCUAAGAAACGUUUCCUUGACUACUUAAACCUCCAGCCUUUUGAGGGAAAGAGCCAGGAUGAAGAGGAGGAAAGUGAGGAAAAGAUAAUAGGUCAAAGAAUCCCAGAGCUAGAUCCAGUUUGCAGCUACCAGGCCUGGCAAUUAGCCACUAAAGGAAGGGUUGUGGAGCCAGUGGAGUCUAGUUACAAGGCCUCUUGCGGGGCAGGAAGUAUCGGAGAGGAAGCCCUAGCCGGUGCUGCUGUGGUUUUUGAGAAGGAGAGCAGCCGUUAUGUCCUGCAAGGUCAAGAGAAACGCAGUUCGGGCAGACGCAGCAGCUCCGGUUUGGGAAGCCACACCUCUUCAGGGGACCGGACACCAGACAGCCUCAGUGAUUCCGAGUACCGGCCUUCGUCUCGUCAGGACAGAAGGCGCCCAUCCCAGUCGCAAGCUUCUUCCUGCAAGUCCAACGAGUGCUUUGAGUGUGGCAAGGUGUUCCGCAGCCGUCACCAGAUGAUCGUCCACCAGCGGGUUCACAGGAAGGAUGGAGGCAGGGCCUCUGUUGGAGACAAGGAAAGAAGCGCAAGAGAUGAGCGAUGGGGCUCCACCAGUGACCCAGAGUCAGGCUCUCCCAGCUGGCCCAGCACCCCGGGAUAUGGAGAUUCUCCACCAGCUUCCACCCUUGGAGACCAGGCCUCAGAGAUGGGUACUGCAAACUCUGGAGAGCUUUCAGAUGAGAAGCCUUACAUCUGCAGCAUGUGUGACUUUGUCGCCACAGAUUCACAGGCCUAUUUAACUCAUGUCCGUGUCCAACAUCCACCUGCCUCCAAAGAUAGAUCCAGCACCAUUCCCAGUCCCAGCUCGGACAGAGGAACUCCCAGCAGUAAUAUCAAACUUAAGAAAGCACUUCUUCAUGGAGUAAACAACUCUACAUCCCCUCCUGGCUACCGUUCAGCUCAGUCCACUGCACUCGAUCCCAGCGUAGCACCUUUGGAUCUAUGUGUCAGGGCUGAGGGCAUCAGGGGUAUAGCCUCUUUAGCCUUGGACAAGAAAAGCCUCCCUAGCCACAAGUGCUCCUUCUGCUCUCACUCCACCCGCUACCCCGAGGUGCUCUGGAUGCACCAGACUGUGGCUCACCGCAUUAAUGGCAAUAGUUCCAAUCUGGCUCCUAAAUGGGCUCUUAAAACCAACUCAAAAGGCUCCAAGGACAGUUCGUUAUCCUCUAGGAGACGCACAGGACCUCCACCUUUCCUGGAAGGGAAGGAGUGUCAGCCUCUCCCUUCGCUGAUGCGCACCCAGCGCACACGGCCUCCAGCGUGCUCUAGCGAGGCUCUAAAAAAGAGCAAGCCAGCCAGUUAUUCAGCCACACCAUCAUCAUCUUCUGCCCCCUGCGCCUCAUCCUCAAGGGGCCCCUCUUCUAGCUUGGGCGCAAGAGUCCCAGCACGGCCAGGCAGCAGCAACAUCAGACCCACGGAGGACCACACUCAUCAGUCACGCUUCAGACCCAAAGUGGAAGUGUACCCGCGGGGAAGCUCGCUGUCAUCCUCCAGCUCCUUGGAGAAGAACACUGGCACCCCUUCACGCCCCUCAGCCCCAACUGCCGGCUCCGCUACAUCUUCCAGAGCUGACCGCUACUUGUUGCCCCAAGAAGGACUGGGUUUCAUGCUGUCUAGCAAACACGGCCUAGCAGAGUACAGUCGAGCUAGGGGCACCCCUCAUCAGCAGCUUCCUAAUCCUCACAGCCAGGUUCGGGCUAACGCUACGAGGCCCAGCACCAUUACCCAUAGUUCAACUGCAGGACCCAACUUUGGUGCCUCGCAGGCGCAGGGUGGCGCUUUUCAGAAUUCCUCCUGUCCCUCCUCAUCCUCUUCUUCAUUACCUUCAGAGGCUCGCGGGGAGGUAAAGCAGGAGCCGAUUACAGAGACACCAGAGACGCCAAGUGACGUCCUCGGCUUCCUCAAAAACUACAGCCCUCAUGAAUUUGCUACCCUGUACCACCGCUGGGGUGCAGCCAAUGCCCUCAUGGAUCCUACUGGGAUGCUGAGGUCUCUCAUGCGGCAGGGACAGUAUUUCUGCAAUGAGUGUGGGAAGAGUUUCAGCCAGCCCAGCCACCUGCGAACUCAUAUGAGAUCCCAUACAGGGGAAAGGCCAUUCUGUUGCCAACUCUGCCCAUACCGAGCCUCUCAGAAAGGGAACUUAAAGACACAUGUCCAGAGUGUCCACCAUAUGCCUUUUGACAACAGCCAGUACCAAGACAGGAGGAGCUUGUUACUGAGCCAGGGGGAGCGAGGAGGACUGGCUGCCAAACACCCACCAAACCCACAACAGCAACAGUAAACCUUCAGCUGAUCUGAUCACAACCUGGACCAGCUUCUUACACAAUCCCAAAGCCCUGUCACCGUUCCUGAAAUUCCCAGAUCUAGACACAAAAACCUACGACUAACAGUUCACUUUUUGAGCCUUUCCUCUUCACCGUCACCCUUUAAUGAUGUAGAAUUUUCUACAUUGAAGGUUAUUGUAGUUUUUUUUGUUGGUUUUUUUUACUGUAAAGAAGCGUGUUCAAGUUGUGCUAGAAAAUUUCAAAAUCACAAAGACGGCCCGGAGCAGAAAAAGUCUUUUUAAUAGAAAUGACUUCUGAUGGAAAUCUGCUUUAAGAAGCUGCGUGGGUCAGGUGUGCACACCUCUCACCAUAGAAGAAGUGAAGAGUGAAAUGCAAAGUUUCUCUUUGGCAGGGAGGCUGGACUCACCAACAUUCAGUCUUUUGCUUCAUUGGGUCUUCUUUAUCACGAAGGUUGGCGUGUGACCUUUAAAUGAUUUCUGAUCACGGGAGCCCUGAAAAUUCGAUGAGUUGCCUCUUGCUGCCAUUUUUGGAGGUACCAACAAGUAAAGUACCAGCUGCUUUACAGGAGAAGGAAAGUAAAUAAGGAGAGAAACUGAACUCAGAUGCAACUGCUGGCAUUGUGAUCGAGGACUGUGGCAUUGCAUGGUUGCUGUAGAUGCCCCCACAAACCCUUUUUUUAAAUUUUUUAUUUUUUUUGUUCUUUUAAGCUUUAUUGUACGUGAGAUUUUGUGCAUUUCUCAGGACACUGACCAUCAACACACAGCAAGAGAAGAAAGAAGCUCUACGGUUCAUCGACAACCAGCUGGCACAUAGCAAGUUUGUCUCCUGUGGGCUCUGACUCAGAAGACUUGCAUCUUUCUGUCAGCGUGUGUGUGUGUGCAUGUGUGUGUGUGCGCGUGUUUAGGUGUGCUAAACUCACUCCCCUUCAGUCGACAGUGUAAUGGUGGGAGUGCGGUGACCAUUCUAGAGCUAGUGAUUAGAAAGAGAGAGAAAGAUGGAGAGAGGUAGGAUAAGAAAGGGACAAAAAAGAGAGGGAACAGUAAUGGAGGUGUAUGCUCAUAAAAAAGGCAAUAUAAAUGAGCAUACCAUUUUUAUGGCCCUUCAAUUAUUGUCCAUUUAAGAGGAAGGGACUGAGUGGAGUUUUCCUCAGUAACUCGUUCGUAUUAGAGUGUCACCAUCUCAGACUAUUUGGGCUUUAAAUGAGGCGGACUCCACUAAAGCAGGAAGAAAGUGGCAGGAAGAAGUCGGCUCCAGAUUGCAAAGAAAAAUACGGUGCUGAUCAUGUUAGGGGGAAGAAAUGCAUCCUAAGAUUUCCCAUUGCUAAAGAGCAGUUCUGAACUUUUGACCGCGCUGUCUCUUAAAAAUUUCAUGAUGUCAUCUUAUGCUGGAUUUAGAAAGCAUAAAUCUUUUGCCUUACAUAAACGGUAAUGGCUGAAAAUUUAUGCUGUCUGUUUUCUAUCUGGAAUCCACUAUGAUGCUUUGAUUUUUAAAAAAUAAAUGCAUCUUGUGCCCAACAACCCGGCAUGAGCAUGUCACCGGAAACAAACAGUCAUACAGAAAAAUGACACAAAAUUACCAGCCGCCUGUCAAUUGAACGUUUUCGAUUGAAUGACAGUCCUUUACUUAAUGAGUCAACUUCAGUUUUUUGAAUAUAUUUUUUGAGAGGAAAUGGUUUGAGUUGCAAGACUUAAAAAGGAUGUUAUGGAAGUAACAUAGGUAACGAUGGGCUACAUUACACAAAAAUACAAAACUGUGAUAAGGAGCCUUGUAAAUAGCUCAUGCACUAAGCAUGUUGGUAUUAACACUGCAGCCAGGAAGUAGGAGAAUAUUUGGCCCCUAAUUCCACCUUUUACCCCCUUGUUGAUUCAAAACCCAUAGGCAGGCUGAAUACCAUCUAAGGGCCCCAUUAUACCCGUCAAGUGGCGCCUGACGAACGCAGAGUUGACGCCAAAUUGACUUCGCAUCCACUGUUGCAAGCCUUCGUUCCUGCCCGUAUGCGCCUCUAAGUUUCGGAAACCUGGAAUGUUGUGCAGCUGCCGCCGCAGCUGGAUUGGAGACAGCAUCCUGUUGGAUUUUACCGCUGUUUUAACGAUAUGUCGGCACAGAAGCUCAGAGAUUAUACAGAGAGAUUUUGCAAAUGUCUGAAAGGAUAAGACUUAAAAAUAAACAAAACAAAAACAGCUAUUUCUUUGCAUCUGAUUUUGACAUCAUCUCCUAUUUGUGCUGUAGUUGAGCUACUAGCUGACACCUAUUAUUCAGCGGGUACAUGCACUGUAACAGCAAGCUGUGUGAUGGCACAGCUUGCCAAGCGACCAACUCGACGUCUAUGAUGGGGCCUUAAUAACUGAAGAAAGCAGCAGUGCAAGUGCAUUCUUUUUUUUUUUUCCCUUUGCAAAGUAGUGUGACCGUUCUUAAACUUGUUCAGAUGUUCAAAAUCACGACUAGGCCUGCCGUUUCUUCCUGUCCCCAGUCUUCGUACUAAGUCCCCGGCCAUUCUUAGUGGACAGAUGUGACCGUGAUGUUGAUCUUCUCGUGUUAGGAUUUAAAGCUGUGCCUUUAAUGGUUUUAUUUUAAAGAUAAAGUGGGCACAUAAUGAAACGUAUCCACCAUCCUGUAUAACAGCGUGUUUAUUGGACCGACAAUGCAGAGCUGAUUAGGUUACCAGAACAUUUAAGCAGACUAAUGAGCCUGUCCCCUGGGCUGUCAGUCUGAUUCUUUGAAUGGUGAUGUGAAGCUUUGCAUUCGAGGGGGUCAGAGAAAGAGUAGGCAGAGGUGAGGAGGUCAGCCUAUCAGAGAGUUCAUGAGUAAAUACACAAGGUGGAGACAUUGAAUUGUAGAGCUGUCACAGCCUUAACACAGGUGUGUGUGUGUGAGUGUGUGCGUGCAUUUCAAACCUCUUUAUACUGUAUUAGAGGUUGACUAAACUUCCCGUGUACUACAGCCUCCGUCUUGAUGCUUUCUAUAUUAUCCUACCUCCUGUAAUGAAAGCAUGCUAAAAUUUAUUGGCUGAUGUCAAGCAGGGCUGUUUGUUUUACUUGUCCUUCACCCUUAAAAUAGCCCCCAGGAUUGAAUACGCCAUGCCCAGCAUGUUAGGGAAGAGGAGAAGUAAAGCGAAGCAGCUCAAGACUCUGAAGAAGAGUAAAGCAGUCGGUUUCUCUGAUUCAAAAUUCACACCAGUUGUAGAUGACGGAGCUUACAGAGUACUGUAUUUGCCAUCUAUUUUGAGACCUCAGUAGUUUUUACGCAAAUGUGUGAUGAAACAGUUGUUAUGCCAUCGGGUUGUUUAGUUAUGCAUACAAUAUUGUGUGCUUGAAUCGGACUAAUAAUGCACAAACGUGUAUGUUGAAGGUGUGGUUAGUGAAAAUACUUGAAAUGGAUUCUCUAGCCUUUGAGGUAGGGUAGUACUAAUACCAAUGUUGUACAAAAGUCCCUUUAAAAUAAAUUCCUCAGCUAUGAAUUUGUACUCCGAAGUGUGACUUAGAAAAACUAUGAAGCAGGAGUAAGUGUAAUAUAAAGUGUAUAUCUCUAAUCUCUUAAACUCUUACCAAACCCUUUAUAUACAGCAGUAGAAACCAAAUGGCAUUACUAGUGCACUUAGACUAGGUUAGUGCUUUAACCAUUCUUAUUUUGUCCAGUUCUAGCUAAGGUUUCUUUGAGAAUGUCUUUUUAACGGUGCCGGCUAACACACUUCAGCGCAAUUUCUGGUUUAGACUUUUCGUUUCUUUUCUUUUUUGGGGCUUUUAUUUUGUUAGAAUGAUUCUAUAGAUAUGAAUGCAAAAUGAUUUGUUCUGUGACUGCUGUGUGGUACAGCUUUUUAGCUACGUUUCCUCAAGGGAGGGUUGAUAAUGCUAGGCGCAGCAGUGCUUAUUUUUUCAUAAAGAUGUAAAAGUGUGUUUUUAGUCUAUUUGCUAAACUGUAGGAUUUGUUGAGUAGCUAGUCAUGGUUUGCCCUCCCAGAGGGGCUGGCAGGUGUUGUUUCUUUUUUCUCUUUGGUUGGGUUUUUUUUCAUGCCUCUUAAGUUGUAUUAUUUGUGUCCGUAUUCAUAUUUUUUUUUUUAAUUUGUUAUGAACUCGAUGAUUAAUUUACCUUAGAAGACAUUAUUAUUCCAGAUGUAUUUGGUUGAUAUCUGUAUUUAUUAUCACUUCAAAACAGGAUAAGAGGACAGAAGCAGACAGGAGUGUUUGUUUUAAUUAGAUUUUUCCGGGUUGUUUUUAUACUGUGUAGUUUUCAAGCCAGCAAGCCGAUGUGAAAGCUCUACCUCGUCUGAGCCAUUCUCAGUUCUGUUAUACUUUUGUACAUCAUUUCAAAAAGAUGUAAUGUCAUGUCCACAAUAAAGACACACAAA